GCCAGCCGCUGCCUGGCCCCUCGGUGUCUUCCUACUCCGCCGUCUUCUCCUGCUGCGACGUCCUUUUCCAUCUCAUCUCACCUCCAGAGACGAUACUGCUGAGACGGGCCUUGGGUCCAUUGGGCUAUUGCUGCCUAGUGCCGAACAAGGGUCUCCACCACCCGAAGGGAUAAAAUUGUGGAUUAGAAGAAAGUCUUGUGUGACCAGGGGAACAGGACUUAGGAAGCAGUUGGUUUGAAGUAUAAUCCCGCAUCCAUUGCUAUCUAGAAAAUGUCUUAUGGAUCCAUUGAUGGGAGUGGAUUUGGGAGCAGGAAUCCGUUUGGCGGCCCUUCGAGACAAGGCUAUCAACCUCUCGCCACCCAGAUUGAUCCCAGCGAACUACAGGAACUUUUUCAGGAGACUUCAGCCAAUGUCUUCCGAAUUAACUCCAAUGUGACCUCUCUGGAAAGAAGCCUUCGAUCUCUGGGGACCUCAAAUGAUACUCAAGAGCUGCAGGAUGGACUGCAUGCAACCCAGCAGGAGACUAAUAAAACCAUCACGACUAGCACCAAAGCCAUCAAGCAGCUGUCUGAGGUUGUUAGAGGCUCAUCCAGGCAAGAGCGACUUCAGCUGGACAGGCUGAAGAACCAGUUGUCUGAUGCCAUCCAGAGAUACGGAGCUGUGCAGAAGAAAAUAGCAGAGAAAUCCAAAGCUUUGCUUCCUACUGGGCAGAGAAGUACCAAACAGCAGAGUCCUAGGACCCCCUUCUCUGACCUACCUGACGAUGAGAAGAUCUUUAACAGGGGAGAUGGCAUGUGGCAGAACCAGAGCCAGGAUCAAGCCUUGCUUUCGGAAAUCACAGAAGAGGAUCUGGAGGCCAUCCGUCAGCGGGAAGAGGCCAUUCAGCAGAUUGAGAGUGACAUGUUGGAUGUGAACCAGAUCAUUAAAGACCUGGCCUCCAUGGUGCAUGAGCAAGGAGACGCAAUAGAUAGUAUUGAAGCCAACAUUGAGACUGCAUCUUCUAAUGUAGAAUCAGCCAAUGAGCAGUUGGCAAAAGCCAGUCAGCACCAAGUAAGUGGGCCUAAAAAACCCUACGGAUACAUUCAGUAAUAGUAUUUAAAAUAAAGAGAACACUUGGCGGC